CCCAGAACCUAGAAUUUCAUGCAGGAGUAUUAGAACAAAUGAGGAACAACUACAUUGCAAAAUCCUGAUUUCAGACAGAUUUUAUAUGUGAUAUAUGUGUGGGGAAGGGAGGAAACAGAGUUCCAGCCUUGGAAAACAAAAGCAAAGGAGCAGCCACUGACGCUGUUCAGUCAGACCCCCACAUGCCUCUCCCCAGGAACAGGAACGAGAGGGCUCUGGGCUGUUCUGAGCAUUUUUUCCUUUCUGUCACUGCUCCCCUGGGUAAUUUCCACGUGAUUCAGCCGUUUGAACACUGAGUUUAACUGCGUCAGUCAGCCCCUCUGGAAACCACAGCCACGUUUUGUGCAGAGGCAGCCUGGGCAGAAGGUCACGCAGCCCUGGCCAGGAGAGCAGCGGCUCAGGGACAUCAGACUUUGCAGACAAUGCCCAGCAGAACCCAGGCCACCAGGACAGGUCUGUGAUACUUCCUGUCAGCAAAACCAACUCACACAAGGAGUUUACAAUGUCAAGCAACAUUUCUGAAUGUCAUCUCUAUGAAGAAAUGGAACCUUUUACCUAUUUUUACUACUUGAUUUUUCUUAUGGGAAUUAUUGGAAGCUGUUUUGCACUGUGGGCAUUCACACAGAAGGACCAGAAACAGAAGUGUAUGAGCAUCUACUUAAUCAACCUCCUCACUGCAGAUUUCUUGCUGAUUCUGACACUGCCAGUGAAGAUUAUUGUUGACCUAGGAGUUGCGUCCUGGAAUCUGAGAAUAUUCCACUGCCAAGUCACGGCCUGCUUCAUCUACCUGAACAUGUAUUUAUCAAUCAUAUUUUUGGGAUUGGUGAGCAUGGAUCGCUGCCUGCAGCUGAUGCACAGCUCCAAGAUCCACCGCAUCCAGGAGCCUGGCUUUGCCAAGACGCUGUCUGCAGUCGUGUGGGCCAUGGUUCUCCUCAUCACGGUGCCUAACAUGGCUAUUCCCAUAAAACACAUCGAGGAAAGACCUGGAGCUGGAUGCAUUGAUUUCAAAACGAAACUUGGGAGAGACUGGCACGUGCUGACUAAUUUCAUCUGCACGGCAAUAUUCCUGAACUCCUCGGCUGUGAUUGUGAUCUCCAACUGCCUCGCGGUGAGGCAGCUGUGGCGGCACCAGCGCGGCGAGCGCAGCGGGCGCGCACGGCGGGCGCUGGCACACGUCCUGCUGGUGACGGCCGCCUACCUGCUGUGCUUCGUGCCCUACCAUGCCGUGCGCGUGCCCUACACGCUGAGCCAGGGCGACGCCGGCGCCAGCUGCCCCCUGCGACGGGCUCUCUUCAAGGCCAAGGAGUGCACCUUGCUGUUCGCGGUCUCCAACCUCUGCUUUGACCCCCUUCUCUACUACCACCUUUCCAAGGCCUUCCGACUGAAAUUUGCCGAGGCGUUCGCGGCCCCCAAGGAGACGAAGGCGCUCAGGGCCGCGGAGGCGAGUGCAGAGCCACAGCCCAGCCUGUGAGACACGAGCAGAUCAUGCCCACCGGCAGCACCGACAGCCGCGGGCCGGGCAGCACUGCCGGCCACGCUCCCGACGAGCCCGAGCAGAGGGAAACACUGCCGGGAACACCACUGGGGAACACCACCGGGGACACCGCCGGGGAACACCACCAGAGAACACCACCGGGGCUGUGUGAGCCGCUCACGCACCCCUGAGCCCCCGGGAUGCCGCUCAGAGAACGGCGCUGACCCACCAGGUCACAGACACGCGUGCCAACACGUGCUCAGACCCAAAUAUACCUUAGAGUUAUUUAUGGCACUCACCUUUAAUAAGUUAAAUAUUGUGCCUUUACUAUAUUAAAGGACUUGGUGCUAUAAGUGAAGAAAUCAGUGAACAGCAGUUCUUCACCUGCAAAGCUGAUAUGGCAAGAUUAACCAUAAAGCAUUUUGGAGGGUAUUGUUUACUCCAAAAAGGGAUUUUAAACUGCACUGUUUAAAAAUUAUUGUAUCCCCUUGCCUGUAUGGAAACCUGUCACACAAGAGGCAGAUGGGAGAGAGUCUCAGAAUCGUUCAGGUUGGAAAAGGCUUUUAAGACCAUCAAGUCAAACCAUUGAGACAGCACUGCCAAGCCCACCACUAAAACACGUGUGAUCCAGGAUAAAGGCUCAAACCAAGACGCCAAAACUGGAAAAGUGGACAGGAAAUAGGUUCCAAACAUGCUUCAGUUGGGUUUACAUCCAAACACAGCAGCUGUCCUUCAAAGAACAUUUUUAACAACAGUAACAGCGUCAGCAGGCAGAUGUCCCAGACGUGGACGUCCUAUUUACAAAAGAAAAAUCCUUACAGGCUUACACGAGCUGCCGGCUGAAAACAGCGUACACAGCCUCGUGACUUACAGCCUCUUCUGCCAGGGAAAAGCAGAAGUUUACUAAGGGGAAGGAAGCAAGAGAUAAAAAGAGGACAAACAGCACCGCGCGGUGACAUCCCUGCAGCGCGGCGGGGAACGGCCGACAUCCAGCGGCGGUGGGGCGGCUGGGCAGCCCGGCAGCGCUGCCCGGGGCUCAGAGACCCUGCCCGGGGCUCAGGGACCCUGCCCGGGGCUCAGGAACCCUGCCCGGGGCUCCGGGACCCUGCCCGGGGCUCCGGGACCCUGUCCGGGGCUCAGGGACCCUGCCCGGGGCUCCGUACCCUGUCCGGGGCUCCGGGACCCUGCCCGGGGCUCCGCAAUGCCCUCCCCUCACCUCCCAGAGCAGGGCAGCGCUGCCCGGUGCUCACCACGGCCUGCCCAGCAGAUGACACCUGGACCUGCACUGGUAAAGUGGAUGUGUGGGCUCCCUGACCAUGGCAGGAGGAUGGAACUGGACGAUAUUUAAGGUCUCUUCCAACCCAAACCAUUCUCUGUGGCUUUGGAAGUUCAAAUGUUAAAAUGCACGGGCACCAUCCAUCAAGCACUCUGCACCAAUUUCAAAGGUUGAGCUUGAGCCAAGCAACAACUAAGUCUUGAAAAUUCCAGAGGUGGUUAAGAAGUUGCACAUAAUUUAUCAGUUUAAUUUCUUCUCAGCUCCAGAUCUUGUAAGGUAAAGGUAAAACUUUCAAAGCUCAGUUUUUUUCCCAGAAAAAAAGUCAGCACCUUCUCUGCUUCUGCUCUCUCCCAAAUCUCCUGUGCCUGCUGUGCAAACACACUGCUCUCCCGUCCAACAACGCUUUAUUCCCACUUGGCAUUCUUCACCUCACAGUACAAUGUGGUGCUAUUAGAAGAUUUCCUGCAAAUCAAAUGAACAGACCUGCAUAAAAAUGUCAGGCGCUCCGAAUUGGGGAGCACAGCUCUAAGGGGCCAAAGCAGCAUGUUUUCAAACAUAACCUCUGCUCACAAAGUUCCAUAAGACAAAUAAUGGCAGACAACCUGCAUUAAGAACAGAACAGUGACUUUCAGAAGUUUCCCUACCAACAUUGCCUUUUGAAACACAAAGAAAGAACAUUAUUAAAAUUAUAUCUGCAAGUCACAAGAACUUUGGGACACAGAGAGAAGGAAUAAAAAGAUACAAAUACAUGUGAAACAUCACAAAAUCAUUUGGCCCCAAAAGCAAAUAAGAACAAAAAGCCAGCACCCAAAUGAUGAAGCAUAUCACACCCUACCUGCUCAAAACCACAGCACAUCCGUGUGCCUAAGUCCUGAUGUCACCCAGGCAUUAGGGUUAAGAGCUUUCAGAAACUUCCCCUGCCUGCUGUGACAGCUCUCCUUCCUCGGUUUCUCUCUGAUUACCAUAAAAGCGCGCUGGGAACACAAAGACAACUCUGGCAAGUGUCUCACGCCACCCCACCUGCUCUGAGCUUCACAAAACGGUUUGUUGGCACGUCUGUCUCUCCCAGACAUCCCAUCCCCCCGGCACUACGCUCUGCUUGUUCCUGCAAAGCCACUGAAGCCCCGGGUGACAGUGACAGUCAGCAGGUCUCUGCAGAGGGUCCUGAACUGCGACCAUUGCUGGUUGAGAGCACAGCCGCUGCUGGAGUCACAAAACAGAUCCACUUACAUCGCCACUGUCAAAUUUUACUCCAACAGUGCAUUUUUAAAGUCAGAUAUUUCUUUUUUUCUUCAAACACCCUCCAAGGAAAUUCAGGAGUUUGACAUUAUACAUAGACCCAGUGCUAUUAUCGUCUGCACUACACACACACACACACACACACACAAAAAAAAAAGGACUUAAAAAUGCUAAGGAUUUCUGAUUAAAUUUUUCAUUGAUCUCUGGAAAUGGGUUUAUGAGUAGGCGCAAAAUAUAAAAAGCUCCAAGAGUAUGUAUUGUUAGAAUUGUACUGCAUCUCCAGGACAAUACCAACACGAGAUGCUUAGGAAAAACAAGAAUAAACACUGGGUUGCAAACAAGCCUAAAUAAAAUUAACAGCAGCUGUCUACAAAUGAGCUUAUGUUUAAGUGUGCUAUGGAUGAGAACAGGCAAACCACGUGUCUUUUAUCUCUAAGAAAUUCUCAAGUGAAACAACAGAUUAAUUUGAAAGCUACGGCUGAAAUAGACAAUAUAGACAAUACCAAUAAAGUAGUCUUGUACUGACCUA